AUGGCUUGUUUGGAGUCCGGCGUGGCAUGUGGCCAGGAGGGAACAGCAAGCGCGGAGCCCGCACAGGGAAGGAUUCCCGGCGCGCUCGCUCGCAAGAGUUCCUUGGUGCGCGGCCUGGGCGCCGCGCAGCGGCUUGCACAGGGCAUCAGGGGGGUCAAGAUCUCAAGCGCCGAGCACGCCAAUGAGGGCAAGCAGCUAGAUAUUGAGUUCGAGGAUCAAACUGCGCAUCGAUUUCCAGCAGCUUGCAUGAAGGGAUUCACUCCAAGCGACAUGGCAAGUGGCUGUCAAAGUAAGGCGGUUUCAGACUCCGGCAAGUUCACAGCGGAGACGGCGCGGCUUUCUGAGGAAGGCUCGAAGCUGAUGCUGCGCUUCAGGAGGUUCGCGCAGAAUGCCGUGUCGGAGCUGUACUCUGCCACGAUGCUCCAUGCCAUUGCGCCCUGUUCGCAGCUGUCCGCCAGGCCCAAGGCACCAUCAUCCAGCGAGUCUUCCUUCAAUCGGUCUGGCUUGAACAUGGCACGCAUACCUCUGGCGCGGGGCAUGUCCACCUCCCGGAGCAUCCUGGGACAGACCCGCGGCAUGAAGGUCGUCGCAGCGCGUCCUGUCAAUGAUGGGAAGCAGGUUGAUAUCGAGUUUGCAGAUGGAUCCGAUUUCCGCUUCCACGCUGAGUGGAUCAAGGACUCUCAUCCGAAUCUCACUGGCAACGACUACUAUAGAAAGUCUGCCAAGACGUUGUUUGAAAGUGACCAGUACAGCGUGGACACAGUGAAGCCUUCGUCGGAUGGCUCCAAGAUUCAGGUUCACUUCAAGAACGGCGACGCUUCUAACAUGGUGACGGAAGAGUAUGUCUCGACAUGGCUUCAUGCCUUCGCACCUUUUGUCGGAAGCCCGCUGAAUGAGAAAGCCAAGCCCAAGUUGAAUGGCUCCACUUUGCCGGGUACGGGAUCUUUGCUCGAGGACUUGUACCGCAACCGAAAGCCAUGGGACUCCAGCUUGGACAUGCCCCGCUUCGAUGGGCAGCAGAUGCUGCAGGAUGAAAGCAUGCAGCUGGAGUUCCUUGAAAGGAUGAUGGACCCAGGGGUGGCGGUGAUCACCAACGUGGGCAAGCCACGGAGUUUGGCACAUGCUGACUGUGGCGAGCCAUUAGAGGACUUUGUCUCACAGAUCAUCGGGCGGCUCAACCAGCACCCCGUGCGUGCAACGCGCUUUGGGGUGAUCCAUACGCAGGCCCGGGGCGAACAAGCUGGCGCAGACUACGACCAGAACAACCCGCUGUCCAUGCACACAGACCACUCGGUGUACCAUGGCACCCCUGGCUACCUGCAGUUCAUGUACCAGGCGCGCGGCUCUGUGCGGUCCAAGGUGUGCGAUGGCCUGGCAGUGGCCGAGUACUUACGUCAGCAUCACCCGGAGGACUUCAAUUUGCUUUGCGGGGUGACUUUGACGCAUUCCAGCAGGAACAGCAUCUACGCCAGAAACGGCGCUUAUCGCCGCGAUGCCCACGAUGCCGAGGGCUUCAGCUUUGAGCUGGUUCACACCCACCCUAUCCUCACUCUGGACAAAGAGGGGUUGCUGGAGAAGGUCGUGCAGUCCGAAACAAAGCGAGGGGUGUCAGCACUUCCGUUCGACUUGUAUGACAGAUACAUGAAAGCCUAUAAGAGAUGGACGCUACUGGUGGAGGAGGACAGGUUCAAGUGCAACUUUGACUGGCCGGAGCAUUCCAUGGUUGUGAUGAACAACUGGCGAGUUUUGCACGGACGCGCUGAGGUGCCUUCGGGGGAGGAGAGGACGAUGGUCUUUGCGUACGUGAUGAAGACAAUCUACGAGAACCGCCAUCGGAUCUUGAAGCAGAGACAGGCUGAGCGAAGGAACCCAGAGGUCAAUGACAAGUGGCUGACCCGCCUGCCAAACCAGGUCCUGACGUAUUGA